GCGGGGUCUUGCUCUUCUUGCUCGGCAGUGAUGCCGCGCUCAAACUCCGUGGGGUCGCCAUCUCGAAAUGAGGAGUCAGUCCUCGGAGCGAUGUCGGUGGUAAACAUGGCCCUUCAUUACACCCAGUUGCGUGACCUGCGUCCGUAGUAUCCAGGGAGCCUUGUGUGGAAAGGGAGGAUAGCUGGACGCCUCUCAGUGCCUGCAAAAGGAUAAUCCGCGUCAGAACAGCUGGGCACUAUCAUACGUGUUUCACAAUUCACGUUGUUUUAAAGCAUAACGCUACAAUAGAUAUGGCCACAAGACAACUCGCCUCAUGGGCGACCUCACUUCAAUACGCUGACCUACCGCCUCCAGUCAAACAGGCUGCUAUACGAAGCUUCUACAACUGGACAGGCUGCGCGUUAGGCGGCUCCAACCACCAGACCACGACAAAAGCACUAAAAGCGCUGUCUCCAUUCUUCGGACCUCCCACUUCGAGUAUCCUCGGCCGCGCAAGUCGAACCAGCAACGACGACUUACCGACCCGAGCAGACGCAUCACACGCCGCGCUGAUCAACGGCAUCGCGUCCCACGUGCACGACUACGACGAUACACAUCUCGAAACCAUCAUUCACCCUACCGGACCCGUAGCAAGUGCUCUGCUGGCACAAGCUGAAGCAUCGGCCACCAAAGUGAGCGGCCAGGAGUUCCUUCUGGCGCUCGUAGCUGGCAUCGAGGCCGAGUGUAAGGUCGGAUUGGCAGUCUGGCCGAAGCACUAUGAUAUCGGAUGGCACAUAACCAGCACGACAGGUUCCAUCGGUGCAGCAGUCGCCGUGGGCAAACUCCUCAAUCUCUCCGAGGAACAAAUGGCUCACGCUAUUGGCAUUGCAGCAACGCAAGUGACCGGACUACGUGAGAUGUUCGGCUCGGAUACCAAAUGUUUCCACGUAGGCCGUUCGGCCCAGAACGGGCUCAUGGCGGCGGUCCUGGCGUCCAACGGCUACACCAGCUCGUUACAAGCUCUGGAAGCGAAGCGGGGUUGGGCCAAUGUUGUCAGCGAGAAGCAGAACCUCACUGAGCAAAUCGACUCGCUGGGCAAGGUUUGGGAGACCGAAAAGAACUCAUUCAAACCUUUCCCAUGUGGAAUUGUUGUGCAUCCCAUCAUAGACGGGUGCAUUCAACUACAUGAUGAUAUCAAAGAAAAGGGGCUUUCAGUUUCCGACAUCACGAAGAUCCAUACCAGGGUCCAUCCACUCGUACUCGAAUUGACCGGUAAAAAGACGCCGAAGGACGGUUUGCAAGCCAAGUUCAGCGUCUAUCACGGCGGAGCCGUCGGGCUGGUAUUUGGCAAAGCUGGACCAGCGCAGUAUGAAGAUGAAGUCGUGACGAGUCAGCAAGUCACAUCGAUCAGGGACAAGAUCGAUGCAGUUGCUGAUGAAAAGUUGGGAGCGGACGAGGCGGAGAUUGUGGCUGAGUUUGCAGACGGGCAGAAAUUAACCAAGCAUAUCGAGCAUGCUAUAGGGAGCUUGGAGGCGCCUAUGACGGAUGAACAGUUGGAACAGAAGUUCAUUGAUCAGGUUGGUCAGGCGCUGGGGCAAGAGGUAGCAUCGCAGGCGAGUAAGUCUUGUUGGGCGAUAGCAGAAACUCGGACCUUGGGAGACGUUGUGAACAAUUUGUAGAUGGCGAUAAAUGCACACUAGGCCGAUGACACGCUGAUGAGCUUCAUGAGCGGCGGUUCUGCAACAUUACUGGGCACAUAAAGCAUCAUUCGAGCAGCUCGAAGAUGUGAUAGGAGAACAUGUUGGGGAGCAAAGUAAC